GAGACACUGUUGAUGGGCUACGCUCAGCUCCACGGCUCCUUCAUCGUCGACGAAUCCCUCGUUCAAGCCUCCUCCUUCACCGAUAUCAAGAAACGCUCUAUCAUCGGUACAUCAUCGGGCGGUGGCGUCAUCGGUAUCAAGAAAUCCACUUCCUCAUGGGGUCUUCGGGCUUUGAGUGGUUUUCUGGGAGGUGGGGGACAGAGUACGGUAAAAGAGAUGACUCAGGAAGCGUCCGCUCGAGAUGUCCCCGUCCUAGCAACGCCGCAGUCCAUCUUGUUUGUGGAUCUACGCUUGGGACCGGGUGAGUCGAGGACGUAUUCCUACACUUUCCAGUUACCGCGGGAAUUACCCCCGACACAUAAAGGCAAGGCGUUGAAGAUUACGUAUAACCUCGUGAUUGGGGUACAAAAGCCGGGGACGCAGGGUGUGGGGAGGGUUGAGGUCCCGUUUCGGGUUUUUGCGAAUGUUAAUGAGUUUGGGAAGUGUCCGGUGUAUGACAUGCUCAGCCCGUUUGUGUUGCUGCGGGAUACGGCUGUUACGGCCACUGCCAAUAGUGGGCGGAGCACACCUAGACGACCGAGGUUGAUCGGUGCUAGGAGUGGGAGUUCGUUAUCGAUUAAUACGGCAAUGCAGAUGCAGGGUAUGGGCUCAUACCAUGGCCAGCAUGAGAGAAUACCGAGGCCGCUGAAGUCACCGAGUCAAAGUCGACGACAAUCGUUCAUACGAAGGAUCUCGUGCCGUGAAGCAAUUGAGGAGGCGAUUAGAGGAGGUGGAAUCGCGGAUAUCUCAAACACCUCAACCUACGACCUUGCACGGAAUGGUGUGAGGGUAGGCCACCUAACCCUCGCCCGCCCCGCCUAUAAACUCGGGGAGACAAUCACUGCAUCCCUUGAUUUCCGACAAGCGAGGAUAAAGUGCCAUCAUAUUCGCGUCACACUCGAGAGUUGUGAGAUUGUCGAUCCGGUCAUGAGUGCGAAGAGUCGUGAGAGCGUAAUGCGUGCCACGCGAAAGGUAUGGGGUGAAUUCAACGAGAGCGUGACUGCCGCCGAACGAGUUGGGUUUGGGAUGGUGGUACCGUUGGGUGGGACGCCGGGGUUUAGUACGAGUGGAGUGAGUCAGCAGUGGUCAUUACGGCUUGAGUUUGUGACACCUUCACCGCUGGAUGACCCCGAGAUACCCGUGGAAAAGCCAACAUACCCGGAGUUAUUGGAACCGGUACAUAGCGAUGAUCGGGGAACGGUAAUGCUGCCGCCUGAGCAGGUACAUUGCAAUACCUUCGACUGCAGUAUCCCGCUGAUUAUC